AUGACUGCAGAUAAUGUCACUCAGGUGAAAUCGCUUCUUCACGCAAAACCUCUAGUAAAAAGGCUCGCGUGUUCCAAGAACGUGGUAGGCCUUGUCCAGGGUCUUACAAGCGUCUUGCAAUGUGGAGGUCCUUACAUCGAAAUCGUGUUCACCAAGAGUGAAAGCGUAACACUGAUAACUAAAUAUUCACGUUUUAAAAUACAAACAGCCUUGGCAAACGGGAUACAAUCAGCUGAUAGAACCGAAGAUGGCUGUUCAACUGUUGCACAACCAAACGAGACAAAGAAACAAGAAAACGGUGAAGCACCCCACACUUCUUUAAUAUGUCAUCACUCAUUCACUAACCUGUUGGCGGCAAUCAAAUACCAGGAGGUACACGCUGAAACCCGCAAUUGCUAUUGUAGUGUGUGCGAAAUAUCAUUCGCAAGUGAGCGUGGACAUCAGCAGCAUAUUAGGAGAAAAAACGCCAGUGGACUCCACAUUCCCGACAGGACAUCCGGUAAGCGAGAAAGCGGAAAUCCAUGUGCUUUGCAACUUGGAAGAAUCUGUUCCAGCAUCGGCGAUCGGUUCACCGAGAGGAAACGCGUCAAGAGUGCAAGGAGUGUGGAGCACUGUUCUGCUGAGAGUGGAAUCUUGAUCGGCACAUGGGAACCGUGCACGGAAAGCAACUCGAUCACAUUUGCCAGAAAUGUGGGAAACGGUGCUGCAGGUGGGAUGUUUUUAGGAGACAUGUUGAAAGCCGAAAGAUCUUGCGUCAUUCGGAUAGAACAGUCGGCUGAUCAUCUCCGCACUUGUGUAGCGAUAAGUGCUUUGACACUUGAAGCAGUCUGCUUCGCCACCAGUAGUGCGUUCACCGGAAUGGAAAACAAGUAG